GAGACUUGAGAGCCCUGUAAAAUACGUUUUUUUUCUAAAAACACACAGUAGCACAAAAUGUUAAUUAUAACGUUACGGCAGUUCCGACUGACACCUUUUCUCUUGUUUUGGUCGGUUCCACGCCAACAACCUCUACAUGUUCAUAUUUGUUAUUUUGUCGCCCCCUAGUGACAUCUUGCAAAAUAAAGUUUUUUUUUAAAGAACUGCAUACAGAUAACCAGUGAUAUUGUGAUAUAUUAUCAGUUUACAGAAACUGCAAAUAUUUAAUAAUACUCGAAUACAAAUUAGUGCAUUUUAAGAGUGCAUUUAAUAUUACGAUAAGAUAAUACAAGCCAUGGUGGUGCGUGUCAGUGUUGAAAUCCACCAAAAUAAUGAAAGUCGGAGGCAUGUCCAAAAGCGCAUGCGCACUGGCCAGUCUCACGCCAUCAGGAAACGAAUCAAACAAGCGCGAGGAUUCCCCAUGCAUCGUUUGAACAGCAUGGAUUCAGCUUGGACGGCUCUUGAUGUUGUAACUCAGACUAUGUUUCAAAAAGCGAUCGACGAUCCCAAGUCAGUUGAUUUGGAGAAGCUGUCUGACGCCUUUGUAGACCAGUCAUUGAAAGACAUCUCAUUCUGUAAAGAUGCUGGCCGCAUGUGUUAUGCUGUAGUUCAGGCAGAAGCUCAGAAAGCUGCAACCAGUGUAUUCAGGCGAAAUCUGUUGACACGUCUACAGCAAAAGUUCACUACCAGAGAGGAGACUCGAAACCGCUCGGUGCAGGAGUGGGUGUGUUUGGUCACAUUUAUCUGCAGCAUAUUUGAUUACAUCAAGGUGAACAAUGCUCCUCUUGUGGCCCUUGUGGAUCCAGUAUAUGACUGCCUCUAUAGGCUGGCUCAGCCAGAUGCCUUGAUGAAUGAGGAAGAGGUGGACUGCCUGGUCGUACAGCUCCAUCGUGUCGGUGAGCAGCUGGAGCAAACAAACUCCCAGCGCAUGAACCAGCUUUUUUACUUGCUACGGGAUGGUUUUCUCCUUCAGGAAGACCUCCGCUCCAUGACAAGGCUCUUGCUCCUGGAGAUCUUGGAGUUCAGGGCCAGUGGCUGGACCCUCACUGACACUGCGCACAAGUACUACUACAGUGAAGUAGCUGACUGAGGGGCACUGAGAAGAGAAUGAUGUUCCUUGUUAGCAUUAGGAUUUCAAGCGUUCAGUAUUCGCAGAAGGUCUAAAAAGUACUUCAUGGGAGAAAGAAGUGGAAACCCUGUGUAAUAGUACUGUGGAGAAUUAUGGAAGAGCUUGUGUUCAUGCAUUUGCAUGUGUUGUUCAGCAUUUGAGUUUUGCACAGAAUGUUCAGUUUUGGUGUUCUCUUGUGAAGUCAGCAUCAUGAAUCUGCACUGGAUAUUGAUUUGAUGCAAUAAGAAAAGCAAUCCCUACCAGCUCUAAAACUGUGAGCCACCAGCAGUAUUCUUGAAUGGUAAUUGUCUUUUCUGUUUUUUGUUAUUGUUAGAGGUUUGAUACAAUGUACACUCUUCAUAUUUUUACAAUCAAAAUGGUCUAAUUGCAACCUCAGAGGAAGAUUGUCUGACCUUUACCUGUGUUGUUAAUACAGUAGGAUACCUUGUAAAAGUUUCUUAAUUUUAUAUUAGUUUAUAAUGGCCUACACUGUCAGAGUUUCUAUAUGGGCCACUAUAUGUGAAAAAUGUUCAGUCAUGUUGGCUGCUGUAAGGAUAUUUUACAAAAUUUGAGAGCAUUGUCUUGUUUAUAUACUAUAAUGUCUGCUAUUUUGAAUUUCAUAAAUAGAACUUUUGCUCUUGCUCUCUCUUUGCCAAGUUAAAAGCAUUUCGUAAAGUACAUGGUUGUA